CGCACAAGGCCCGAUGGGGAAUUCCGUGCGAAGCCCGAGUGGGGCGGACGCUGCGAAUGGUGGAAACCGCGGGGGGUGCCAAUCAACGCGCCAUCGAGCGAGGACCCGAUUGACAGCUCACUCGCAGACGCCAGGCUUAUGUGGGGUUCUGUUUGGACGCCCCAACUUGGUACGGAGGAAAUUGUUCCGAUGCCCACUUGCAGUCCAACAUCGACAGCGCCCGCUGUUUGGCAAACGGUUCUUUGUUUUCGAUGGACAACGUCCGCGGCGACACCGACAACGAAUCCUGUUCAAAAUGGGCACGGGAACAGUCGGUCAUCGUACCCAUCCUUCCCGUACCCUUUUCAAUCUUGCCGAGUGAGGGCGCCCCCCCCGAGUCGCUCGACCUCGUGGCUCAGCAGGCCCGGCGCUCGCUGGGAAACGCUGGCGCGCCGGGCGUUUCCAGCGUGCCGAGAGGCCCGCGCCGCGCGGGCGCGCCCGCCACGGGCCGGCCGCUGCCUGCGCGCAGGCCCCCGCCGGCGGAGUCCUGAGGCUUCCCAGAUGAAGUCCGCCCGCGGCAGUGGCUGGAACGCCUGCAACAGGAUCUGCGAGGAGAAAGAGAAGCAGCGCAUCGCCCAAGCCCACAAGCAGGCCGUGGACGAGAUCUAUGCCAGACCCAGGCGCCAAGGUACCUCCCUCCCCAUGGACCCGCCCAGGGAGUACUCGCACGUCUCCGGGCCGUCCCAGGCAAAGAAGGUGAAUGUUGUGCGUAAGUCGGAUGUUGACUUCGAGAACAGGGCGUUGGUGCAGAAGCUUCUCCAGAUCGACGUGCGGCCCAACCAGCUCGCGCAGGCAGCCUCCGCACGCCUGUCCGAGCACGCCACGCCGCGCAGCCUGAGCACCGUCGCGAAGAGGAGGGAGAACGAGAGGAUCGAGCAGGCGAACGCAAAGAUGCUCGAGCGCAUCAACGGCAUGAGGACCGCCACGGAGCGGCGGCGGCGCCACGAGGAGCAGAGGGAAAUGGAGAGACAGGUCCUGAGCGCCCGGGUGUCCGAGAACGCCAACCGGGUCCGCAUGUGGCAUUUGCCGAGGCCAGUGCCACGCCCCACCAAAACGAGCACCUUCUUCGACGAGCCGGCGAUGACCAGCACUAGCCUCUUCUCCCGGACGUCGUUGCCACUCCAAGAGCGAAGUUCGACCGCGCCAUUGCCGCUCGAGGACUCCGCCUGGUCGCCGCUGGGAUCCACCUUCCAGCACCGGGCCUGGGACGCGGACGCCCUGGCGCUGCCCUGACGCAGGGCGCGCGCGCGCCGGGGCUCCCCGUCGCUUUUUCGCCGGAGCCCCGGCUGGCGGCGCGCCGGAGCCCCGUCGGCCGGCAGGGUGCGCCGGGGGGCCGGCCGUCAUGGGCGACAAGCCUCGCACGACUACGCGCAAGAACUUGGCAUCGCUCGGAGGUGUGCAUCUUCUUUCGGCGAGGACCAUCGAGGAGCAUCCUCGAUCAUUU